CACUGAGUUUAAACCCCACCCACGAUCACGCGCGACAAAGCUUACUAGAUUUUAAUAAUUAUCGUCACAUCUGAAGUAAUACCUGAUAGGAAAAACUCUGAAAGUGUCAAUCGUCAUUCAUUCAAUUACAUAAUAAUAAAUACCCAAUAAUUUCGGUACAGUGCGUCUUAACAUGAAAUACAUUACGUGGCUCUGUAAUAUCGGUUCUCAAAUUAUAUAAAAAUAGCCGCAAUUAUUUCCCAGAUUGCAAGUACCUACGGAAAUGAAACACACGCAUAAUCUUUCACUUAUAAUUUUUUUUUUCUACACAAUAUGAUAGUCGUCGUGAACUUAGAGGACACCAGGCAAGGUGUUCGUCAGAGUGGCCAUCUUGUUCUAUCAUGCAAUUAUUCCGAUACAAAAAGACAAUAAUAGGUAUUGCAAUUUUUUCUGUCACCAUGUAGGCAAAAUACACAACUUAAACUAUUAAUACCAUUCAGCGCAUACAUCGUUAAAAAUACUCUCGUUCUAAAUAUACGUCGCGUCUACAAGCUGUGUCGGUGUCGAACCUCGAAACACCGCCUCAACUAUGUUUCAACACAUCUCGAACGAACGAACGAAUUAACUUUUCUAUCUCCCAUUUUAACCGAUUAAAACGCUGAAAAAUGGCACUAUGGCGUACUAAAAAGUGCAUGUAGAUCUCGACGAUUCCAAUUUCGAAGCAGUACAAGCGCGAAAAAGUUUCCUUUGUUUGAAUUGCCGCGCGUCGUGUCGUUCGCUUUACCAAAAUUGGAGUCUCGCGCGUGGUUGUGUGAAUAAUAAGUGAAUAAUAAUAAUCAUCGUCUGUUUCUAAAACUGUUUCCGCGUGUAAUAUUGUGCGAAAGUAUUGUGUGUGUGCAUGUUUGUGACCCACAGACUAGAUUUUUAAAUUGUUGGAGGUAUUUACAGCAGUUCACAUGACGUGGUGAGAUUUCCCACAUUCUGUCCUUACCUUGAAGAUUGACGGUGAUGUCCCAAGAGGCUCAACUGCGAAAAUGCAAGAAGAUGGAGUUUCACAACAGCAACAGCGCAAGCAUCGGCGGAACCGGAAGCCCUCUGGUCAGUCGCGAGAGAAGCUUCGUCAGAUCAAACAAGGAUUCUCAGAAACGCAGAAGCCAAACCAUGGCCACCUUGAAAGGGGGAGGAGGAGGAGGAGGAGGUGCAGCUGGUAAGCCCAUCAUGGAGAUCUACAGGCCGCCGAAUGUGCGGACGGAUCUACCGAUGGCUGCCAGCGGGAAAUUGAAUGUUCAUGCCAAGGAGUUCACCAUGAACCAUCAACAUGAUCUUCAAUCCUCCAAGUCGAGCGGCAACCUCAAUUUUGCUGCGAUGGGCUACGAACAUCAUAUGCCGACGACAUCCUUACAACAUUCGAAGUCUAGCGGAAAUAUAUUGAGACAAAUGAGCCAUCCUGGUCUGAUCCCGCUGUUCCCAUCGGCCGCUGGUGCUGGAAUGGCGAUGCCCGCCGCAGCAGCAGCAGCAGCGGCAGCAAUUCUGCAUUCCGCUUCGACCUCGCAGAUCCUCAACCAUCACCAUCACCAGCAGAUGGCUCACCGUUCAGGUUCGGGACCCUCCAGCGCCGCUUAUCACCAUCACUACCCGCCGGAAAUGUUCAAUAUGGCCGCGUCCGCAGCUGCUGCGGCGGUCUCGCAUCCCGUAUUCUCUGGGCUGAACCAUCCGGGAGCGUAUCAUCCGGGAUAUGCAGGCGGUGGAGGUGGAAACGCGCACAGAAACUCCACUAAGCAGACUUCUAGUGGAAGUUCUUCGGCGUCGGCGUUAAAGAGAUCCAAAAGUUUGGGCGCUACCGAUUCCCGAAACCUAGCGGACAAAUUAAAGAGCAUAGUGAAAGAAGAACUAGACGUAACGAUAUUUCCCGAUGAUCAACAAACGAUUAUAAAGGCCGCAUUGGAAGAUCCGAAUCAACUGCCGACACGCACUUUGAUGGAUCUCGUCAAGACCAUUAUGGAGAAGGCAGUCGAAGGCAUCAAAUAUAGCGAACCGAUCGCAAAAUUGUGCAUCUCCAUCAUCGAGAAUGAGAAGAAACAGACCUUUCUAGAAACGCUACUCAACACUUGUCAACAAUGGUACCAAGAACGCGACAAAAUCCUCCGCGGUAUCAAAGCAGGAGAUGGUACCCGAUUCACCGCUUUCAUGUGGUUCCUCACAGAAAUGUGUGGCCAUUUGAAGCGACAUCAAUUGAAAGAAAACUUCAAAUCUCUCCAACCUGAACUGACGUUGCUGUCCAUCCUAGCCAAAUGCUGCCAGGCUUGCGUCAGUCUACCGAUCAAGUGCCUUUCAGAGACUGAAUGUCUCUUCUUUGUUCUCACCUCGAUAGGAAGAGACUUGGAAUCGGAACUUCCUCAGCAACUGGAGCAACUGCUUGCGAGCGUGCGUGAUGGUUUCCUGACAGGGAGUUCCGCAAGUGUGAGACGGACUUUACUGCAACUGAUCGAAUUACAUGCUUCCAAUUGGCAGCUACCAGGGUCAUCCGUUUUGUAUUACUACCCUAGAAUCAAAUGACAUUUUUUUCUAUUUAGUUAGGCUAGGAACAAAUCAUUUUUUAUAUGAACUAUAAUUUAUUAUUUGUGUUGUUUGUUUCGUAUUUAUGAAGAAGACAAUAAAGAUUCACAGAUCUUUAAAUGUCUUUUUAUAACCGAG